AAUGUCACAGUGGAGACUCAGCUCACCAUUCAGAGGACGACAGAAGCUUCGAGGAAGAGUCACGGUUGGCGGUGGAGUGUGAGAAAAAACGCCAGUACCUCUCUUAUGCUUUCAUAACAAGGGUGCAGCUGUUUCUCAGGAGCAGCAGGAAACACAUCCUGCCAAAUCCAAACUUUUAACCAUGAUGGUCCCAGGCUCACAAGAUGAGCACCUACACCCCAAUGGAUCAGCCAGCAGAGGCAAUAGAAAAGAGUAUGGAUCCAAUCAGUCCUUAUCUCAACACUGUGGAGCUCAUCUCAGCUCUGAUGGGAAUAUUUCACCAGCUGAAACCAGUCCCCAUUUGGAGCCACAGGAGUACACAGAGACGGACUAUCUGCUGCCAGAUAAACUCUAUGGCAGAUCGAGACUCAGUGCAUCCACAAGGUCAAAUGCUGCUUGUGGAUCGGAUGCACCAACAGAGACAGUCUGCUCCAUGGUGCUGCAGAUCCUGGUGCCAUUUCUGCUGUCCGGCCUUGGGACGGUCUCUGCUGGGAUGCUGCUAGAUGUUGUUCAGAAUUGGGACGUGUUCCAGGAAGUCACAGAGCUCUUCAUCCUGGUCCCUGCUGUGCUAGGCAUGAAGGGCAACCUAGAAAUGACUCUAGCCUCAAGACUGUCAACUGCAGUGAAUUCAGGAAAAAUGGGGUCCACCAAAGAGAUGUGGAUGUUGAUUGUUGGGAACUUGGCGCUCAAACAGCUACAGGCCACAGUGCUCGGUCUGUUAGCCUCUCUGAUGGCGACUUUGUUGGGCUGGAUGGCAGAGGGAAAGAUGCCCUUAAAUCACAUUAUGCUCUUGUGUUCAAGCAGUGUUUCUACCGCCUUCAUGGCUUCACUGCUACAAGGUAUUAUUAUGGUGGGAGUGAUUUUUGGCUCCAAGCGGAUGGGGAUCAACCCUGACAACGUGGCCACACCCAUGGCAGCCAGCUUUGGGGACCUCAUCACUCUCGCUCUGCUGGCCUGCUUCAGUCAGUGGUUCUUCUCCUUCAUAGACAUGUAUCCCUAUGUGCUGUACCUGGCGGAUCUGUUAUUACUGUGUUUGAUUCCUCUCUGGGUGAUCAUCGCCUCCAAACAUUCAGCCAGUCUCAUCCUGCUCCGCACAGGCUGGGAACCCAUCAUUACAGCCAUGAUCAUCAGCAGUAUUGGCGGCCUUAUUCUGGAUAAGACCAUGUCUGAUCCAAACCUGGCAGGAAUCAUAGUUUAUGCUCCUGUCAUCAAUGGUAUAGGAGGAAACCUGGUCUCCAUACAAUCCAGUCGUAUCUCCACCAGUUUGCAUUUAAAUUACCCUCCUAGAGAGGUUCCCGAGGACCGUCCGAGCUGCUACAACCCUUGUCGAACUUUCUUUGGUACAGGAGCAAACCAUCGGUCAGCUCAGGUUUUGCUUCUCUUGGUCAUACCUGGUCAGCUGGUCUUUAUAUACGCCAUCCACCUGAUAAAAGGAGGCCACACUCUGCCCAGUCCUCUCUUCAUUGUCACCUUCCUGUCUGCUUGUCUGAUUCAGGUCUCCUCCCUGCUGCUUAUAGCUGACUGCAUGGUGCACUUUCUGUGGCGGAGGGGUAAAGACCCGGACAGUUAUUCAAUACCUUACCUCACAGCCCUUGGAGACCUGCUGGGGACCGCUCUGCUCGCUCUGUCAUUCCUCAUACUGUGGUGUGUUGGGGACUCAGGCAGUGUGUAGCUUCCUGCCAAAACAAGUUUCCAGCUAAAGCUGCUUCUCUACCAACAGACCUGAGACUUUUAGUCACAGCGAACCCUUUUUAAAAGGUUCCACCAGCCCAUUGCUGUCUGCAUGUCCACCUCAAGGUCAAGGGACUGUGAAGAUAAGGAAAACUAGUCAACCAAUGUGUGAAAGACUCUUCUGAAUAACGAGUUUGAGGAGUCUUCAGCUGUGUAAUCAGAGAUGCUCAGCACUACAAAGUCCACCCCAAACUCCCUGAACUUUCAGUAAGAACUUCUUCUCUUGCAUGGACCCAGGACUUUAUCUGCAGCAUCCAGUGCUCUCUAUUCUUGACAAGUGCAUUAUGUGCGUGUUGGUGGGACUUAAGUUUUCUUAUUUUUUAGUACCAUUAUCUGUUAUGUUUUACAACUUGAGUACACAAUUUGUAUCUCAGAGGACACAUUUGUGAAAGUUUCUCAAAACAUUUCCAACAUAACUGGAUACUUACGCUUCCACAGCCUUCUGAUGAGUAAAACUCAAUAUUUAUUUAAGUUAUUUUUGGGCCAUUUUUGCAGCUAAGGAGAGACAGGAAAUGUCUGGAGCAGAGAGAAUGGAAGGUCAAGCAGCAAAGGGUUGCGGCCAUGAAUUGAACGAGCGACCACUGGGACAAGGACUAUAGCCUCUGUAUAUGGGCCCCCCCUUAAACCGCUUGCUCAACCAGCAGCCCUAAAACUCAAACUUUUCAAUACUUAAACAUUUUCUGUGCCCAUCUCAUUUUUUUUUAUAAAGGAAUGUCAAAAAGUUUCCCUGAAUGGAGGAACAGUAUAAUGUAGUAUAAAUAAAUAAAUAAAUCACAUGGCACUUGUAAAGCUUUGACAUUUUGUACAGUUUUCUGAAAAUAAAAUAUCUCUUUACAUGGGUGAUGUGCAAAAUAUUAAACAUUGUUUUCAGUGUGUUUUAAAAAAUCUAUAUCGAUUUCAUUGUUUAAAUAAACACAGCUUUCUCAUAA